GCAUGUUGCUGAAGUGUAAUAGGAAUACAACAACAGGAUGUGCUGUUAUUGGAGAUUAAUCAACUUUGGGGUGGGAAAAGUAACUCUACUUCACGUCGACCCAUAUCACAACACCCCAUCAUUGAUUAUUUUCCUAUAAACGUACGUACUGUGCAUGUUUUAUUUCUUACAGUCACAGCAGUGUUGAGUAGCUCUACAAUAAAGCCCUUUGAUACACUAUAACCUGCCAGUGCUUGAAAAAAUUUGGAUCUUGCAGUCCUCCCUUUCCCAAAAUAUAUUACACAUCUAUUGGACAUCCCUGCUGAUGAAUCAUGAAGUUGUAGUGCGUGUGUGUGUGUGUGUGUUGAGUGCUUUGUGCGUGUGGUGAUGUCGAUGUGCCUGGAGGGCCUGACUUUGGCUUGUGGUUACAUGUUUAGGUUCCUUUAUAUUGCAGCUCAUAUCACGGAGUUGCUCAACAAGGUCAAGAACAAGUUUUGUUUUAGUCAGAGCAGACACUUCCCCUUGCGGUGUGUUGCUAUGGUAAGACUUCCCUUCGGAACAGGAAGUGACAAGCCGUGCGAAGUACCGGGGCGUGAAGUAACAGCGUCGGGUGUGCUCGCUUUCUGGUGAGGUGUCCUCGCUCUCAGCUGGAUCGAGCCAUGGCCAACAAACUGAAAACUCUGGCAGUGCCAGCCAGUAAUCUGACGCAGGCGGUUUCUGAUGGAGAGUUGAACAUGUCGAGGUUGUCAAGCACAGGCAGCAGCCCGAGUCUGAGCAGCGGCUCUGCUGGAGGAGAGGCUCCUAGCGGAGUAGACGGUCCGGCAAGCAGGGUCGUCGGCUGGGCCGUAUGCUUCGAGCGCCUGAUGGAGGAUGCAGUUGGAGUGCGCUACUUUACUGAUUUUCUGAAAUCGGAGGUGAGUGAUGAGAACAUCCUCUUCUGGCAGGCCUGUGAGAAGUUCCAGAAAAUUCCACCUACUAAUCUGGAUGAGCUGAAGAAGCAAGCCCGCUCCAUCUACGAUCUAUAUCUAUCUGAGAAUUCCUUUAACGCCGUGAACAUAGACGACACGGCACGCACUAACGAGAGCGACCUGGAGAACCCUACACCAGAGAUGUUUAGCAAAGCCCAGCAACAGAUCUAUAAGCUGAUGAAGAUGGAUAGUUAUGCACGGUUCGUGCGCUCUUCACUCUAUCAGAACUGCAUGCUGGCCGGUGUGGAGGGACGACCCCUGCCGGACCUCGUGUCUCAAAAUAAGUGCGUCACGCCAACUAGUGGCAGGAAGAUGUGUGAGCAGAGCACAAACGUGAAAACACCAUCGUCUGACAGCAAAGCCAACAAAAAGAAGAAGCUUGAGAAGAGAGGAUCAUGGGGAGCAGACGUGUCUUACCGGCAGGUCACAGUGUCGAGGCAGGAGUCUCAGAUCUCUGUGAAAUCCAGCAGCAGUGUGGAGUUAGGUUCACUUUCCAACAGAUCAGAGGUGCCUGAUGGCUGCCCGAGUCCUGUUGGUUCGGAGCCGAACUCGUCUGUUCGAGCGGAUAAGUACUGCUGUGUGUUUAUGCCCGAUGGCACGGCCAGCCUGGCGCCGGCUCGCCCCGGUCUGACUCUGCGUGACAUGCUGAGCAGUCUGUGUGAGAAAAGAGGCUUCCCCAUGAAAGACGUCGUGAUCUACCUCCAGGGCAAGGAUAAGAAUGUGUGUCAGAAGCAACAGCCUCUGUCCUUGGACCAGGACAGUUCUGUCCUGCAGGAUCAGCAGGUCACCCUGGAAGUCAGAAUAACAUUUAUGUUGGAGAUAGUGUUCACAGGGAAGACGAUAGGCAUCGUGGCCAAAUCGAGUAAGACUCUGGGGGACGCCAUCUCUUCUGUUUUACAGAAACACCAACUCCGACUGCAGGACGCCAUCAUCACUGUGAGUGGCUCGAAAGAACCCUUAAACAUGGACACCACCGUGUUGCGCCUGGCCAACAAGACUCUCUGUCUGGACCAAGUCAAAAAUGGAGGUGACGUGAAGGGAAAUCCAGCUGUAGAACGAGGCCGAGCGAGCACCAGGCCCAAAAAUGAGGUGGAGGGUCUGGUGGAGAUUCUGAACCGUGUGCAGUGCAGCCGAGCCGACGACCAGCGUGGCUUGUUAACCAAAGAACAACUGGAGCUGCCCUCGUUCUUACAGGUCCCUGCACAGCAGUGUGAGGGAAAGCGUGAUGAACAGAACCCUGAGAAGGUACAGGAGAGCUGCUCGAACAAGCGCACGAAGCACGCUGAGAAAGCGGUGGAUGAGGAGAAGCCCUGUGUUAAUGGGAAUCAUAAAAACUCUAAUGUAGAGAAGAAAAAGAACAGAACGGAGUGACUGUACAGGCUCUGCCAAGGGGACGUCACAUUGAAAGAGAGAGAGUGAGUGAACAUUGUGUGUGUGUGUGUGUGUGUGUGGACGAGGCUUCAUAUUUAGCAUAUUCCCACACACAUUAUUUAGUAAGAAGUGUAAACAGUGAUGACGUGUUCAAGACAAAAUGGAAGCAAAGAGAACUAGGUGCAGAGACUUGUGAGAUUUCUGUAUUGUGUGUGUAUAUAUUUUGUCCUUUUGUGUUUUUUUGCAUUAUGCUCAGGCAUGCUUAUACUAUAUUUAUUUCGUAUCAUUUGAUGCACUUUCACAUGCUUUAUAUGAAAUUUUUAUUCACUUAUGAGUUUUUCACUUGAAUGAAUUUGUCCUAUAAAAAAAAAAAAAAAAAAAAAAAGGAAUUCAUUUUUAUUUUUUUUUUGUUUUGUUAUUGUUAAAGAUUUGUGCUUAAUGUCUGUUUAGUUCUCUGCACUGUUGCCUUUGCGCUUCAGAUCUAAUACAGUCUGAUACUGGAUGAUGAGAUCAUGUGAAUGAUCUCUGUCUAAUUUAUAACUUAGUCACUUACUGAUAUCCAGAGGGGUCCAAAUUCUUGCUUAAAAGUGGAAGUACCGGGUAAAAAUGGUACUUAAAGGUACUGAAGGUAAUAGUGUCAGCUUUUAAAUACUCAAGUAAACCGUUUGAACUGUACUAGACAUCAAGGAUUUUCCCUCAUAUGUGGUUUCACACUUCAUUUCAGUGAAUAGUUUAUUUUGUGAUUGUUGUGGACAAAAAUGCGUCAUUUUUUUUUAAAUUUGUGAUUCAAUUUGUGGAGGUUUUUUUUUUUUUUGUGUAUGCCUUUUUUUUUUUUUGCAGAAAUGAGUUUCAUUGGUUGAAAUUGCAGUUGCACAAAAUAGUUUUUGCAGUGAUGUUUGUUGAUAAGUGAGACUUUUUAAAAAAAAAAAAAAAAAAAAGCUGUAUUCAUUUUCGAUGCACGUGAAUCAAAGAGGGCUUUGGUUGAAUGCACGUUGUGAUGACAUCCAAUGACGAGUCUUGGCCCAAAUCUGCAGCAAAAAAAAAAAUUAAAAAUCUGUGAUAAUUUAGAAAAAAUUGCAAGCUCAUCCGUAUAUUGCGGCGUUUGCUUGAUUUUCCGUUUAUUUCUGUGAUCGCAGAAUCCUCGAGGGACUGAUGGGGUUCGGGGCAGAUUAGGGUUAGAACAGCGUUUAUGUUUAUAUAAAAUCAAACAGAAUCUGACUGCAUUUAUUUUUUCAUUAAUCUACUUGUGGAUUGUGAAAAUAAUAGGCAGUGCUUGCAUAAGGAUGAUUUGGUUGUGCUAUGAGUACAAUUCGAUACAGCUUUGAAUGAGCAUUUUUAUGUAAGGAAUAAAAGAAGAUGGACCAUGAUUUUAUAGGAAAAUAAUCAACAGUGAUGUGAUGUGAUGCAGCCUGAUGCGAAGCAGACUUACUGUUGCCACUUAAAGUUUUUUUUUUUUUUUUAUCCUUUUUCUCCCCCCUCAGUAACUGUGUGUACCCAAUUGUUUUAUUCCACUUAUACUACAGCAAUUUGCAAGUGCUAGCAAUUUAUUUACAAAAACACAUGUACGUUUUAUACAUUUAUAGAUACGUUUGAUGUGGUGGAAUGCCCAAGUAAUAAAUCAGUUCCUGUUAUCCCUUAAAA